ACCACUCCAAAUAUAUGUGAUAUUGUAGAUAAACCACUUCUUGUCGGAUAUGCUUUGUAUCAUUACACAUACUCUACAUGGGAGGGUAGGAGUAUUUACAUGGGAGAUCUAUAUGUUAAACCGGAAUUCAAAAAGAAAAUUGAAAAUAUAGUUAAAUCUUAUGUUCCUAAAAUGCGCGCUACAAUAGCCAUAGAGAUGCAGUGUCCGCGGCUAGAUUUUGUUGUGUUAAAUUGGAAUGUUAAUUCGAUAGACUACUACAAACAGAAAAGUGCUUUUGAUUUGACCGGGACAUGAAAAUGACAUCUAUUUCGUAUGAAAGCGUUCAUAACUUUAAGCAACAGUUGUAAAUGAAUAUAUACUGACAUCACAGUAGAC